AUGUCACAGAAGAUCCUUGAGGAUCCUCCGUUGGAAAAAGAAAACCCUAAGGGUCUGUCUGCUACGAAUGUGUUCCAACAAAAGAUCUUUGGGUUCAGACUUGGUUGCUUUAUGGCAUCAACCACCGAAUCCUCAGUAGUUAUUCCUAUUACUAUUCCCCUCGAUACCACAACUGGAAAUGAAGAGCCUGUGGAAACAAAAUCUUUAGAUACGGAAGUGAGUAUCCUGAAUCCUCCCCCUUCAACAGGAUAUAACAAGUUGCCAGACAGGAGAAAAUCAAAAAGCCAAGGAGUUGCGGUGGGUCAUAAUGGAAGGAGUCCCCACCUUUUUUCAGACUUUGUUGGAUUCAAGCGACUUUGGGGCCGUGAAUGCCGCCUUGCAGACAUCCGCUAUCUAGAUUGGCCUCCAUCAAGACUGUAUGGAUAUGAAAGAAAAGUACCCUGA